AUAUCACGACAGGAACAAUUAGGUUUUAUCUCACUAGAGGGCUUUCACUCUCGUGUGUGUUUUAUGCACAUGCUAUUAUGUAUUGAUAUAGUUAUGCAUGAAAUAUUCAGAAAUAUUGAAUCAUUUGUUAGUAUACUAUAAAAGAAGAACAAUGGCAAGUGGUUCAUCGAUGUCGAAUUAUGCUAAAAGAAUGGCGUAUUUAAGUGCUCGUAUAUUUGGUGAAGUGGCUCGUCCUACUAAUUCGAAAUCCAUGAAAGUCGUAAAGUUGUACAGUGAACGGCCUGUAGACCUUAGAGAAGAAAUUAUCAAUUGGUAUCCACCUCAUCCUCAGAUUCGAAUUUUAAUGUGGCGUUUGAGAGAUUAUGGCUUAUUCAGAGAUGAACAUCAAGAUUUUAAAGAUGAAAUGAACAGAUUAAGAGAGCUCCGAGGAAAAGGACGACCAAAGCGGGGAGAAGGAAAAAGAGCAAAAUUGGCAAAAAGUUCAGAAUCAUAAACAUGUUUGUAACUUAUUAUUGAUAUUUGCAUUUUAGAAUAAAAUAUUAAAACUUAUUUCAAUCAUUUUCUAGUAAAAAUAUAAUUGUCUGUACAAAGACUGUUGUCAAACAACCAAAAUUACUAAUAAUUAAAAAAUAAUGAAAUCU